GCUAUUAUAGUUUUAUAUCUAUAACUAGGCAUAUCUUAGUGUUAGCUAUUAUUAUUAUUAUAGUUAUCAGCAUUGCCCAAAGUCAGGAAAAUGUUAGAAUCUCCUGAUCUUGGAUCUCCUCUAAGAUUCCAAGCCUGGGUGUCAUCACACGAUCAUUACAUCACAGAGUGAUGAGAGGCAGAAGAGGUAGGGGCUAGAUUGGUGAUUUCUCUGAUUCAGAACCUCCCUAGUGAAGAAACUCCUGACCACAGUGCCUACCUUGCUUGAGUCCCAAAGAAUCCCCCCAAACACUGGCCCCAGUCCCAUGAGUGCUGGCUCAUCCUCCACCCACACCCAAUUUCAGCCCUUAUGUCCUGCUUCAUCUGUGCAGCUUGAGAGGUUACUAUGGAAGAGUCUAAGGCUUCCCAUUUUGUUACAAACAGAAGGACUAAAUAAGGAAAAUUCACAACAUGCUUUGGCCUUUGUUGAACUUUUUUGAAUUUGCUUGAUAUUGCUUCUUUUCCUGGCCUAUAUUUUAUUGAAAAAAAAAAUCACUUUUUAAGUCAUUCAAUCAACAAAUAUUUAUUAAGUGCCCCAUUCAUAUUGUUGAUCCUUAAAACACUUGCUGUGUGAGGGGCUUUGCACUAAGCACUUAAAAUACAAAGGAAAAACAAUCCUUGCCUUGGACCCUGGGAAAUCAUGUGACUUGGCCACUUACGCAUCCAUUAUAUAUCAGGGAGAAACAUGGGUCUCUCUGAAUCUCUGGCCAGUUCUCUCCAUUAUGUCAUGUUAAUAAUGACUUAGUGCCUGUUUGUAUUGGUAUUUGUCACAAGUAAUGAACAAUAAAACAUGUUUAAUUUUGAUAUUUUAGUUUUUAUACUGUGGAGAGCCAGUGUAAUAUAGUGAGAGGCACUAAUCUUUAAAUCUAGGUUUGAAUUCCCCAUAACUUGUUUUAUAACUAUGGUUUAAGCCACUUAAUCUCCUGUGAACCUAUUUCCCUAUCUAUAAGAUAAAAAUAAAAAUACUAUUUGUUGCAGUUAUAAUAUACUAUUGAAACAGUAGAUAAAAGGCACAUAGAGAAAAACUUAUAACUAGACAAGUGAAAUGAUUAUACCAAGUCCUCUCCAGAAUUCCCAAAUUCUGUUCUUUCCCUACUAUAAAAAUGCUUCUUAAAUUCCACAUGAAAGAAAAGUAUGGUUAGCAGAAAUCAUAAUAAAUUCUUUACUUAUCUGGAGGGUGUACACCUGGCACCCUCAUCUAUUGACUGUAUUUGACACUUAGGAAGCUGCCAAAAUGUGUGUCACAAAUUCUAGAAGUAGGUACCUUACACUUGUUGUCCUCUUGACCUCACGGACUGUUCUUGCCUUAAGAAUUAUAAUAAACUUACUUUUCAAGUAUUUUAAACAGCCUAAUUGAGGCCUUCCGAAUGAAGGAAUGUUCAGGAGACAGCCUGUUUGCUCUAGGCACAUUGACAACCACAAGAAGUAACAGCUCAGCAGGAAGCAUAGGGGCAAGCUUUAGAAAGCUGUGGUCUGGGGUCACUGAGUGUGGAGGCCGACAGCCUUCAAUAAACCUGAGUUUCAGUCCUUAUUAUAUUGAAGAUCUAUUUCAUCUGCUCCUCACAAUAGCCCUUUAAAGCAAAGUAUUGUCCUCACUUUAUAGGUGUAGAAAUGGGUUCAGGAAAGUAUUUAAUUCAGUUUUAUUCAUCAGGUUAGUAGAUGUCCAAGCUGGAACUAGAACAAGUUGUUUUUUUUUGUUUUUUGUUUUUUUUGUUUUGUUUUGUUUUUUAACUCUAGUGCUUUUUCCAUUGUACUACACUGACUUAUCAGAGAGAGGCUAGAUUGGAAGACAUUACUCCACUUAAGGAGAGAGAAAAGCUUCUAGUUUCCUGAAAUUUCCAUCUAAAAGUGUGAAGUAAAUUUUUGGCAUUGUUGUUACCUUCUAUUUCUGACAUUCUCUGAUUCAUCUAGAUUUUAUGAUCGGUAUACACAAUAGUGAAGUUCCUUCAGAGUUUCUCUAGGAGCAGGGUGCUGGAAUGCUAUUACCUCUCUUUCAACCAGACUAGUGUGAUCUAUCUCAUUCCAGAAAUCAAGAACUGAUAUUUCAUCCUAAUCCUUUUCAUUUUUCAGCUUGCCUGGAAAAGGAACUCCCAAAGCCAAUCUGGAUUCUAUUAUUGGAUUUAUGGAUAAGCCAGAAAAACAGGAAAAUCAUCCUGAAGAACUGUCAUUAUACUAUCCAAGUAAAACACAAGAAAAUAAGCAACCAUGGAGUACAAGUGAAAAUGAAGUAAACUGGCUGAAACAAGAUACCCUAAAUGAACAGACUGAACUGGAGAGAAAACUUCAGGAAACUGAGAUUGCAGCUAAUUCUGUAGUGUCACUAAUACCAAUAUUUAAAGACUUCCUUGCUGGGUUUAAUAGUGAAAGUGUGAACAGUUCAAUUGACAUAUUGAAGGCCAAGUUAGCUGAUAAUGAAAACGAAAAUAAUGUUCUUAAAAAUAAAGUUCUGGAAAAGGAGAACUAUAUCCAGGAACUUUUUUCUUUUAUUCAGAAAGAAAAAAAAAAUACCUUAAAAACAAGUCAGCUUUCACAUUCAGUGAAAUUGGUUCAAUCUCGUCUGCAGCUCCAGAUUCAGAAAAAAGAAGCUGAAAAUGACCAGUUGAAAUCUUAUAUGAAGAACUUAAAAGCUGAGAUAGACGAGUGGAAGCUACAAUUGAAAACAUAUGAACAGAAAAUUAUUGCCCUGAAGCAAACAAAUGAGCAAAAAAAAAUAGCCUUGAAAAAAGCAGCUAAAGUUUGCAAAGAAAGAGCUGACUUUUUUACAGCAAAUAUUGAAAAUCUGGCUUCUCAACUUAGAGAUCGGGAAGCCAAGUUGUCUGAAGCACUUUCAGCUUCCCUUGCCUGGAAAAGUCAUUAUGAGAAAGCUGAAGAAGAAAAGACAGAUUUGGAGGUCCAGGUUGAGACUUUGAAAAAGAAGAUCACAAAUCUUUUGGAAGAACAACAAAAGAAAGAAGAUCCUAAAAGAAAUUCAAAUAAAGAUAUUUUUAGAAAACUUAACUCCAGUGAACCAGAAAAUGAAAACAUUCUUCUUGAGAAUGAAAAAUUAAAGAUCACACUUGCUAAUCUGGAGGAAAAAGUUAUUUCAGUUGAAAAUGAAUGCUUGGAAUUACGAGAAGUGGAAGAAAAGCAGAAAGCACUUGUUGAAGUGUAUAAAUCUCAGGUACAGAAGUUACAAAAAGCAGUUGAAGACGUGAAAAGCAGAUAUGAAAAACUAGUUUGUGAAAAAAAGCUAAUAACGCAAAGCAAAAACUCAACAUUGGAGGAGGUAAGGGGCCAAGUGGAGUCGCAUUCAAAGGAGUUAGAACAUGUUCAUGGUUUAUUGGAUGGGGCUGAGCUGAAGCUGCUGAACUGUCAGGAGAGACUCCUUUCUUGCCAAGGAAAAUACACAGACAAAUCCCAAACUGUCCAGGAGCUCCGGAAUCAGAUUAAUGAUAAUCAGAAUCUUUUGAAAACAUUCUCUUUGGAAGAGGAAAAUAAUUCCAAAUUGAAAUGUGAAAACCUUAAACAAAAAUUAGAACAGAUGGAUGCAGAAAAUGAAAAGCUUGAAAGGAAGCUGGCAAGCCAAGAAGAGUACCUGAAGAAGAACAAAUUCAAAUUUAAAGAAAAAUCUGUAGAGUACAAUGCCUUGGCCCGGCAGCUGGAAGUUGCUUUAGAAGAAGGAAAACAAAAGGUUUCAGAAGAAAUAGAGAAAAUGACAUCCAGAGAGCAGGCUUUACAAACAAAAAUAUUAGACCUGGAAAGUGAGAUUAGGAAAAAAAAUGAAGAACAAAACCAACUUGUUUGCAUAUUAAAUACUAAGGAACAACGCCAAGAAAUUUGUUUGAAAGAGAUACAACAUAACCUUGAAAAGACAGAGAAUCAAAAUGAGAGCAUACUGAAUUAUGUACAGUUUCUUAAAAAUUCUUAUGUAACCAUGUUUGGAUGAAAUAAUUUCUAUUUUAUUCCAUUUCAGUUUGUCUUUUGAUUUUUUUUACUAAGGAUCCCAAAACGACCAUUAUGCACCAAUAGCAAGACCAUGCACAUAGUUUUGGAGGGUAGUUGAUGAUUCAGGUAACACUGGAUAAAGCAAGAUUGCUGUAAUCAUUUUUCAUGAUUGGAGAAUACCUGUUGAAGUACUUUGGGCUUCAGAUGUUUUGGUUAUAGUAAAAAAAAAAAAAAAAAAAAAAGAAAGCUGAAUCAUUAUUUCAUAAAUACUCAGUUCCUUUUCAGGCUCUUUCCCCCUCCUUACCUCCCCUCCCCCCACCAGUUGUAAUGAUUCUAGGCCCAGUCUGUUACAUACACCUUGAAAAUACAUACGUGCUAUAAAUUGUAAUGCUGAAUAUAUUGAUAACAAAAAAUGAAACAUUUCUCUAGGUUUUGGGGUUUGGUGGCUGUAGUAUAAUAUAUAAUAUACAAUUCAGGAAUUAUAUGCACAAAGUGCAUUUUAACACUUUUGUUUGUACAAGUGCUAAAAAUGUCAUUAUAAUCUCUUUUAAAAUAUAGUAACUUUGGAUUGUAUUUAGUUAGAGACCAGUGAUAACAAAUGGCACAUUGUAUUAGAGUCCAUUCUUUAUGGAGAUUAGACAUUAGCCACAGACAUUAUCAUUUUUUUUUAGGUGAGGAAGAAAACCUUUCUCAAAUCAGAUAAAAGGUAUCUGCUGGUGUGUGGCUAAAGCAGAACUUGCACCCAAGUCUUCUUGCUUGAAAUCCCAAUGUUCUUUCUGCUUGUUUGUCCUAUCUGUGUUAUAAAAUCAUUUAUUAGGUGCUGGCUCCCAUUGAGCACAUUUCCAUAGUUCAGUAGAAUAUAUAUUUGGACUUGUUUUUUCCAUAAUUUGCUUGAUGCCUUUCAUCCUGUGAAAAAUAUGAUACUCUUGAAGGCUGAUUUAUUGGGACUAAUGAUGCCAUUUGUUACAAUGGGGACAGUUCACAUGUUCAUUCGGGGAAUUAAGCCCAUAAUAGCCAUUUUAUCCUCUAGGGAACAAAGAAAUCUGAAUUCUUAAGUGUGGAGAAUUAGAAUCAUAUUUAUUAUUUAGACUUAAUGGUGACAGUGGCUUUCAACCUAUUUCCUCAUUUUGCCAAAACAGGUUUGUGAUCUACCAUAGAAUUAUGGAGCUGCUCCUAAAUCUGUCAUUAUUAAUGACUGUGAUACAUGACUAAAUGCUUUCUCUAACUGACCUCCCCUAUGUUCUUAGAAAAUUUUUUGGCUUAAUUUUCUCUUAUAACCCCAAAACUCCUAGAAUACGCAGACAUAUUACCUGAAGCAAAUUUGCAUUUUUGCAAAAGUGAAGAAGACAUUGUCAGUCCCAAUCUUAGUUACCCCCCCCCCCCAAUUGGGGAUGUAAAAAACCUAAAAAUUGUCAUAAAGGCCAAAAAAAAAAAUGCGAUUCCUUAUAUUUGCUUGUUUCAUAUUAUCCAAAAUAAAACCCCAAACCAGACUUUAAUGAAAAUCAUUUCUUAGAAGAAAAAAAUUAACGAAAAUUCCAUGUGUCUAUUUGGAAUAAAAAAUAUUCUCCUUUUAGGCUACUCUUGCUGAGAAAAUAGAAAUUUCUAUCCAAAAUGUAACUUAAUAUUUCUAGUUCAUUAUCCAGACUAGCUGUGGUGAUUUCAAAUGACAGUGCCAGGAAGAAAAAAAGUAAGUUAUUAAAAGCCUUGCAUAUUUUUUUCCUUAGGAUUUCAACAAAGAUUUUAUUUGUAACAUUUGAAAACAAGUUUCUUCUUGCUUUUGAGAAUAUCACAGUUUUCUUCUUGUAUUGGUGUGAGUUAAGUCCAAAUCAAUGCCAAAGUCAGUAUGGUAGGAUAAAUUCCAUAGAGCUUGGACUCCAGAGAUAUGGGUUUGUAUCUUUACUCUGAUAUUUACUCACUGUGUGACCUGAACUUCUAAGUCUGUUUCCCAUAUAUGAUAGAGAUAAUUGUAUUACUUACCUGAUGGGAUUCUGGUAGGGAAAGGGCCUUGUAAACUCUGUAGAACAAUAAUUGUGAGUGAUUUGUAUGUCUUGCAUCAGCAUAAGGCUUUUGAAGUUAAAUGGGUUAUUUUGGCACUUUUCUUAGAAUUUUCCAAGCAACAGUUUUCAAACAACAAAUGCUGGAUGAGCAUUUGUUCAGGUAUGGUGUAGUGGAGAUUGUUAUUCAAUUCAGGUUGGACUUGCUUCUGCCCUGGGUCUCCUGAUUGGUGGCAGUUCUACAUAUGUAGCAUGACCCUGACUCUAGCAUGAGGCUUUGCAGCUGUCUUCAUGCAUGUCUCCUUGCUCUAACUUCCAUCUUGGUCCUGGCACACCAGCUCCUACUCUGGGAACUCUCUCUAUCUAGUCUGACUCACUAUAUACUGCUCCUUGCCAUCAGCAUGUUUUUCCCUCUUGCCUCUUUCUCUCCCAUUGCCUCUCCUAUCUACACGACCUUUAUACCAGAUGGGUCCUUAUAUCAGAUUCUCUGGGUCAAAUCAACAUUAUCAUUCCUAAAGGAAUGUGAACUAUUUGCAUUUUUGUUUUUCUUCCCAGGUUAUUUUUACCUUCUGAAUCCAAUUCUCCCUAUGCAAUAAGAGAACUGUUUGGCUCUGCAAGCAUAUAUUGUAUCUAGGAUAUACUGCAACAUAUUUAACAUAUAUAGGACUGCUUGCCAUCUAGGGAAGGGAGUAGAGAGAGGGAGGGGAAAAAUCGGAACAGAAGCAAGUGCAAGGGAUAAUGUUGUAAAAAAAAAAAAAUACCCUGGCAUGGAUUCUGUCAAUAAAAAGUUAUUAUAAAAUAAAAUUUAAAAAA